AUGUCUCUUACAAAAAUCUCCCUACUCCUCCUUUGCCUCUUCUGUUUCUACUCCAAAACGGCCAAGUCGCAGAACUGCAGUUGCGCACCGAACCUCUGUUGUAGUCAACACGGUUACUGUGGUACCAGCGAUGCUUAUUGUGGUACUGGGUGUCAGUCAGGUCCUUGUGGGACUAACCAAACCGGUUCCGUCUCUAACACUCCUGCCUACUGCGGUUGCUCCCCGAUCCUCUGCUGCAGUCAGCAUGGUUUUUGCGGUAUCACGGAUGCUUAUUGUGGUUCCAGUUGCCAAUCAGGUCCUUGCAAGAAAAGUAGAGAGCUAUCAACUAGUGAUGGAUCUUGGAUCUAG